AUGGCGAAGCGGAACUUGACAGGGAUACGGAACUUCACCAAUCCUGGGGUUGUGAGCCACAACGAGAUCUUAGAGAUGUACAGAGAGUUUAUAGAUCCGAGUUUUACUUGGAAGAACUUCACAUUGGAAGAGCAACCGAAAGUGAUUGUAGCUCCGAGGAGUAACAAUGAGCUCGAUCCGACAAAGUUGAAAACAGAGUUUCCGGAGUUGUUGCCUAUAAAGAUUAUAAAACAAAAAUGUAUACAUGUGUUCUGUUACGAUAUGCCAUAA